AUGUCUUCAGAAUCAAGAAUUCCAGACGUCUACGGCCCAGGUACACACACCGACCGUACCUUCACCCCCGUCCCAGAAGACACAGAACGUAUCUUCCGCCUCAUAGCCUCUCAAACUCCCGGAUUCACCCAAGAUGAGGAAAUCCUCUCCAAGGUCAAGUUCGAGGGCGAGUCCUUCCCUGUGAUUCCUGGCCCCAUCAAGGCCGUCUCUGUCGCUGCGUCUCUACAUGCCAUGGCUGGUGUUUUGGCCGAUGAAAUUCUUACUAUUCGUGGCGCUGAGAACAAGCAGCGACAAAUCACAGUCAACACAACACAAGCUGGUCUUUGGUUCGGCAACAUCGCUACUGCCUACGUCGAUAACAAAGAUGCCCUCUCGCUGGCCAAGUCUGGAGAGCUGAAGACACUUUUGCCAAACUGGGAGCAAGGCUGGGUCGAUACACCACUUAAGUACCGCACUACAGGUCUUUAUCCCACUUCUGACCCUGAAGUGUGGUACUCACUCCACGGUUCAAUGAAGGCUGAACCUGUCCUCAAGUCCAUCGGCGUUGACCCCUCUGAACCUAUUUCUUCCAACGAGGAAGCCGCUGCACACAUCGCCAAGUUUACAAGCAAACUCUCCCCAGAGAAGCUUGAACUUACCAACCUUCUCAAUGGCAACUGCGGUAGCAUCUGCUUCACUCCCAAGCAGUGGAACGAGAGUGAGAUGGGCAAGUCACUCGCUGCCCACCCUCUCAUCAACGUGAAGCAACAACACCAGGCUAUCCCUACAUCACCCGUUGCUUUCCCUCCUCUUGACCCAUCCGACCAGCGUCCUCUUGCUGGCGUCAAGGUCGUUGAGAUGACCCGUGUCAUCGCUGGUCCUCAAAUCGGUGCUAUUCUAUCUUCCUUCGGCGCUGACGUUAUCCGCGUUAACCCCCCUCAUCUUCCCGACAUCAACAUCAUGCAACUCACCCUCAACGCUGGUAAACGCACCAUCGCAAUUGAUCUGCGUAAGCCCGAGGAAGCUGCCCUUAUCAAGUCUCUCAUUACCGAAGCCGAUGUCUUUAUCCAGGGCUUCCGUAUGAACAAGAUGCUCAAGUAUGGCCUUGGCUUGAAUGAUAUUCUCAAGAUGGCUGGUGAGCGUGGACGAGGUAUCGUGCAUGUUUCAGAGAACUGCUAUGGUCCCGAUGGAUACUACGCUGAGCGACCCGGUUGGCAACAAAUCGCUGACGCAGCUGCUGGUUCAGCCUAUGUCACCGGCAAGUCUCUCAAGCUGCCCAACAACGAAGUUGUCCUCCCUUCUCUGCCUGUCAGCGAUAUGACCACCGGUGUUCUUGGUGCCGUCGGCACUCUACUCGCUCUUCGAGACCGUGCCACCAAGGGUGGAAGCUACGCUGUCCAUGCCUCUCUGGUGGCUGUCAACGCCUACGCCCUCCGCCCAGACGUCGGUCUAUACUCUACCGAGACCGUUGCUGAAUGCGCCGAGCGCUUCCAAUGGGCCGAGAUGCGCGGUUCACACCAUGUCCUAGAUCUCUUGAUGACUGUCUGGAACGGCUGGAAGCGAGUCUUGGGAAGCACUCUUGCGGAGGAUAGUGGAUUUUACCAGAGCUUUGACAACAGCGCUUUUGAUGGUAAGAAGCUUAGCAUUCUCAAGCCUGUUGUAAAAUUGAGCGAUGAGAAGAGCACACCUCAGUGGAAGACACCUAGUGUGCCUUAUGCCUAUGAGAAGGCAGAUGGUAUCAAGUUCCUAUAG